UAAAGAGUCUGUGCCUGUCGUGGGCUCUGGGUCUGGCCCCUCGGGAGCACCCUGGAGUGGCUAUUGAGGGCUUUCUGCCCUGGGAAGCGUGGUUUCCUUUUUACACACACCAGUAGUUUUCUCUUUGUGCUAUGGAAGAUGUCAAAGAAUCAAAGAUGCAAAUAACACCAGAAACUCCAGGAAGGAUCACUGUUUUAAAUCCUUUUGAAAGUCCUAGUGAUUAUUCUAAUCUCCAUGAGCAAACUGUCUCCAGUCCCUCUGUUUUUAAAUCAACAAAAUUACCGACUCCAGGGAAAUUUAGAUGGUCUAUUGAUCAACUAGCUGUAAUAAAUCCUGUAGAAAUAGACCCAGAGGACAUUCAUCGUCAAGCUUUAUACUUAAGUCAUUCUCGAAUAGAUAAAGAUGUGGAAGACAAAAGACAAAAAGCCAUUGAAGAGUUUUUCACUAAAGAUGUCAUCGUACCCUCUCCUUGGACGGAUCACGAAGGGAAACAGCUUUCAGAGUAUCACUCCAGUAAAUGUAUAAAUAUAAAUAGUGAAUCUCCAGUUGGAGGAAAGUUGACCAUUCAUUCUGAGAAAAGCAAUGCUGCUUGUCAGACAUUGCUGUCUCUUCCUGUGGAUUUUAACUUAGAAAAUGUAUUAGGUGCCUAUUUUAGAGCUGAUGAAUUUGCUGAUCAGUCUCCUGGAAACCUCAGUUCUUCAUCUCUCAGAAGAAAGCUGUUUUUAGAUGGGAACGGAAGUAUCUCUGAUUCCUUAUCUCCAGCUUCUCCCAGUAGUCCUCAUAAUGGUGCUCAGGCCUCACUUGAGGUCUUUUAUUCAAUAGAUUUAUCUCCUGUGCAGUGUAAGAGCCCUGUGCAGACACCAAGCUCGGGGCAGUUUUCUUCUAGCCCAAUUCAGGAUAAUGUAAAAAAAUACAGUUUGGGAAGCAUAGCCAGUCAUUCGCCUAUUUCUUCACCCACUUUGUCACCAAUUGCAUUUCAAAUAAGAAAGGCACCACUCUCAGAACAAAGGAAGUUGACUUUUCAUUCUCCUGAUGCUUCAUCUGGAACAAAUUCUAAUGGAAUUACGAAUCCGCGUAUUAGAAGUCCUUAUAGAGAUGGCUGCUCCUCAAUUAAAAAUUGGUCUCCAAUGAGACUGGAGAUGUGUAGGGGUGGGACUCAGUAUCGGACCUCCCUGAUUCAGAUACCAUUUACUCUUGAGGCUCACAGUGAAAAUGAGGAAGAUAAAGAGAAUACUCCUCCCACAGAUGUCUCAUUACCAGCCAUGGAUACUGCGGGCGUACAACUACGGCAGUUGAAUAGCACACAUCUAGUGGUGACUGCCAUGUCUAUUACACAAAAUCGGUUCAGUGCUUCUGAGAAAGAAUUAGCACUGCUGCAGGAUGUUGAAAGUGAGAAGGAGAACAACACUGUGGAUAUGGUUGAUCCUGUAGAGAUGGCAGAUGAGAACACUUUUCACUUAAAGGAGGUGGUUGAUAAUGGAAGUCUACCCAUGACUGAUUUCAUGAGUGGAAUUGCUUUCGGUAUUGAAAACUCUCAUAUGUGCAUGUUGCCUCUUGCAGAAAGCAGUGUCAUUCCUUGUGAAAACAGCAACAUUCAGAUGGACAGUGGCUAUAAUACACAGAACUACGGAAGCAAUAUUAUGGAUACCGUGGGGGCAGAAAGUUACUGCAGAGAAAGUGAUGCACAAAUCUGUGAAGCUGAGAACAAAUGUCAAGUUUUUAAUACAAAGCAAGACCAUACAACACAGAGGUGCUGGAGGAAAACUGCAAAUCCUUCUCAAUGCAGCAGUCCAUAGAAUACCUCCCUCAGAACCAAAGACUGGCCGAAUAGCUCCGAGCAUGGUUUUUAUGCACAGGAUCAACAAUGAAAUCGUAAUGGGGGAAAACUGUUUCAACCAACACGCUAAACACUUUUUUCCUUCCCUCUGCAAUGUGAAAAAUCAAGGGCUUAAUUUAGUGAUACAGGACAUCAGAAAAGCUGGAACUUCAACAAGUUGCUGAAGUUUAUUUUUUAUUAAUAAGUAUUUUUGUAAUAACCUUGUUUAACAAUAAAAAAUACAUUUCAGCUUUUUAAAUUGUGGCAGCUGCUGACUUUGCUCCUAUCCUGUAGGACCAAUGAACUUCUUAUUAAGCCUUAUUGACAGCACUGAAUUAGCAAUAGUUCUGAGAAUGUGGAGAAAUACAUUAAAAUUAAAGGCACUAUUAAAAAGGUUUUAAUUUGCAUUAAAAACUUGUGAACAUACAAAUGAAUUUAAAUAUAUAACCUAUAUGAAAGGAAUAAAUCUAAUUUACAGAUAAAACUGAAACUUAAAGAGGCAGAAAGGACUUAAACGGGUUUCCUAAAAUUUUGAUUGUUGAAUUAUUUGUUCACUUCUGUGGGGAAAUUUUUAGUUUGGUGCUAACUGCUGUAGCUGCUACUUUUAAAAAAGAAUGUAACAUAAAGGUAGUGCUAACAGCAUCAUACUAUCAUGCUUUGUUACAUCAGUGGGAUAAAAGUGGGAUGCCCAGAGUAAAUAUAUAUCCAUUACCAAGGUAGGGAUGUCCUUUCUAGCUCCAGCUACUGAUCAUGGUUGGCUAGGGAGAAGAACAUGGGAGACAGAACUGAUAAACACUAGGGACUGGGAUGGUGGUGGGGUCCCUGUAGGGCUUAGACCUAUGAAGUAACUAGUCAGGCAGAAAUAUUUUUUUAAAAACUUACUUCCAUAUUGGGAGUAGAGUAAGUAUACUAUGACAUUUUUGGGAUUUCUUUUCUUUUGGAGAAUGUAUAUUUGUGUUCACUAAUUUUUUUUUUUUUUUUUUUUACAAUUGUCUCAUUCAAAAGGAAAUAAUUCAUAUGAAGCCCUAGGAAAUAAAGACAUGUUAUCAUUGUGUCAUUUUCCUCCUUUUUGUACUCUUUUUAGCUUAUUGCUGAUCUGCAAAAAAAUGUUUCAUUUUAUGUCCCUGGCUCAUCCUCUCCUCCAACACAGUAAUCUUUAAAGCCAUUAGCCAUUAGGUCCACUGGCAAAGUUACUGCUUUAAGAAGUUUAGUAUUUAAUCACAGAGGCUUUAGACUUGAUAUAAACUAAGAACAAUUGCUGAACCUAAGAGGAGUUUUGGGUCCUAAUGGUAGGAGUCACCCUGCCUACAAUUCUUAGAGCACAUGUCAAGAAAUAAAGACUACACAUCCAAGGCACAACAAUUGGUCUCUGUCCUGCUGGUGCAGCAGAGGAAGAACAGUCAGGAAUAGGAGGAAGAAAUGGAAUAUGUGUGGCUAGGUGGUUCCAUGAACAACUGCCUCUGGACGGUGCCUGGCUACCAUUACUGAACAUUUUGAUCCAUAGACGAAUCCUGAUCAAAAGGGGGAAGACGUGCAACAGAAUUACAAAUUUUCAUGGACUUCAGACUUACUGAAGCCGUGAAAGGUUGGAUGAACCCCUGAAACUGUUGCCCUAAGACAAUCUUUAAACCUUACACCAAAAAUAUCCCCUGAAGUCUUCAAACAACGGUUUAACUAGUAAAGAAUGUCUGCCUUGAGCAUUGUGCUCUUCUAAGAUCUAUAUGGGAUCAAAUUAACAACUCGAAGGAUUAAGCAGGAAAUUUAGGGGGCAGUGGUUAUUAAUGGGGGAAGAACUAGGAAAAAGGGUGAGAAUGGUUGCAUAGCUCAAAGAGUGUGAUCAAUGUCACAUUACUAAAUUAGACAUGUGGAAACUGUUGGUGAAUGUUCUGUUGUGUGUAUUCUCUUUCUCUCUAUAUAAAGAUUAUACCCCAAGGGAAAAAAAAGACUAGUGAUUACAACCAGGUUUCCAGUCCUUCCUCUGCCAGUUAUUUCUUGAUCUGGGGACAUAAACCUCAAUUUUCUCAUGUUAAAAUGGGAAUAAUGAUAUUAUGUAAGAGGGCUUUUUGAUCUUUCUUAUGAUGUCCUCCCAAAAUGUGUUAUAAAUCCUGACCUCUAUGCCUGUGGUUUUAAUCCCAUUUGGGAAUGGACUGUUAAUGAUACAGGAUUAGUGUAGGAUGUGUUUUUAAAUCUCUUGAGAUACAAUGAAAAAUCACAAGCUAGCAAGAGACGGUAAAAUAAAUGCAAAGACACAUGGAGAUUUUCAAGGGACUGGAAACCCUAGUGGCGUAGUGGUUAAGUGCUAUGGCUGCUAACCAAAAGGUCGGCAGUUUGAAUCCAUAAGGCACUCCUUGGAAUCUCUGGGUCAGUUCUCUGUCCUAUAAGGUUGCUAUGAGUUGGAAUCAGCUCAACAGCAACAGUUUUUUUUUUCAACGGAAGCUGAAGACAAGGACCUUCCCCCAGAGCCGACAGAGAAAUCUCCCCUGCUCCCACCCAGCCAGCACUCUGAAUUUGGACUUCUAGCCUCCCAAACUGAGAGAAAAUACAUCUGUUUGUUAAAGCCACCCACUUUCGGUUUUUCUGUGAUAGCAGCCCCUAGAUAACUAAGACAAUCUUCAAGAGAAAUACUCCAUGUAAGCUGCUUAGCAUUAAAAGUGAUUCAUUUUAGUUUACUGAGGAAGAGGACUACGAGGGGUGAAUAACAGGGUUUCAGAUCUUGAACUACUGAAUAGGGACUAAUGCAUGAAUUAGGCCUUCUUUCUCAUAAACAAGGCACAAGAAAACUUGGAAAGGUAACUUCUUUAACCAAGAAGCUCCCCUUUUUCCUAGUACAGGCAAACUAUGGCCAACCCACAGACCAAGAAUUUUUAAAUGGUUGGGGGGAAAAUAUUAAAUUACUUUUGUGACACAUGAAAUUUACAUUAAAUUGCAACUUCCAUGUCCAUACACAGCCAUGUGCAUUUGUUUAUAUAUUGUUUAUGGCUGCUUUUGGACUGCAACAGCAAGCAGAGUACUAUGGUUACAACAGAGACCUUAUGGCCAGGAGAGACUAAAAUGCUUAUUAUCUGGCCCUUUGCAGAGAAAGUUUGCUGACUUCUGCUCUAGCAUGUUAUCACCUAUCGAUUUUACUUACACCUACUAGAUUACUCAAGGCUCUCUUCCUUCAACUGAAACAAGUUCUGCCUCAAUUCAUGGAUGUUUUCUUCCGUGAUAGGAAACGAGAACAAUCACUCAACAAUUACUGAGUUCCUAAAUGAUCUGUAAACAUUUAGUAUUGUUUCUGCGCCCUCAAAUUAAUUCCAACUCACAGCAACCCUCUCUGACAGCAGAACUGCCCCAUAGGUUUCCUAGGCUGAAAUCUUCAUUAUCUGCUGAUUUAUUUGCCAGUCUCUUCUUAUGAACUGUAAGCUCCUUGAAGGCAGCGAUGAUGUUACCUGACUGUGUCCCCUGCAGAUAGUGAUAAACGUGAUAUACAGAAGGUACCUGAGAAAUUCAAUGAACUGAGUAAAAUGUUUAUUAAGGUUUUUUUCUAUCCCAAAAUAUUAUUGAAUACACCAACUUAAUCAUUAUAGUUCUCUACUUCAAGGGAAGUAGUCACUCUGAGACAUCAAAUUAUAAUACUUCAAUUUUAAUGUUUCCUUCUAAAAUGUCCUUACACAAUGACCCCUUUCCUACCUAACCUGAUAAAAAGCCAUUACUUACCUGCUUUGUAUUUUAUAAGUAACAUGAUUCAGACAUAUAAAAUGCCAUCGCCACUCUUUCUCUGAGCCCUAAUGCCUCAUUUUGGGGGAGACAUUAUAACUGAAGGUCAAGGGCAAUGAUCACGCUUUAUUCCAGCUGUUCACAAUACAGGAGGCUUGUUAACACAGUGAGGGAAGACUUGACAUAAAUUAGGUAAAUUGAAGAUGGCAAAGGAGAUUACGGAAUUCUGUAACAGAGCUUGACUUCACUAUCUUGAAAUCUAAAAACUGCCAUACUGACAGGUUUAUAAAGAAACGGUUUUUUGCUUCUAAGGAUAUUCUAUUUUCUCCUUAAUUGCAUGAGUCACAAAAAAUGAGUCUUUUCUACUAAUAUUAAAUAAUCAAAUUACUUAUACAAAAUUAAUCUGCUCUCCAGUGAGCAAAUGAAUGCUCCGUUUACAUGAUCUUUACUAGAUCCCUGAAGCUGCUAUCCUGUCACUAAGUGAUGGAUAUUCAAUUUAAUUUUUAUGCAUUAAUAGUUCUGUUCAAACCAGAAAUCAAGUAGCAUGAUGAGACAGGCACAGUAAACAGUGCUAUAAAAAUGCAAAUUCUAAAAUUAUUAAAAUAUACUUAAAAGUAACAAAAAAUAUCACACACUUCUUAGGCUGAAGUGUUCUAUCAAGCUUUUUUUUUUUUAAGGAGACUAAUCUUUGAAGUUUUUUUGUUGUGUGCAGCUAUUUUUGAAGCUUCUUCUUCUUUCUUUCUGGUUCAUUAAUGUCCAUGUCUGAAAUAUCAGUGCUUAUUCCUGGUAUCUAAAGUAAAGGAAAAAAAAUACGGUGAUGAAAAGUAUAAAUUAAUCUUAUCCUCAUUUUCCCCUUCCCCACUGCCACUUUCACAUUUAAAAGGGUGUAGGCAUAGAAAGGAGAAAGAGGAGAGGAACUAAUAAAGGUUUUAAACACCAAGUAAUGCCUAAAGUAACAGCAGAUCAGAAAUGGAAAAGGUAAUCAUGGUGUCAAUAGGUGAGAAGCAUGUCACUUGGCAAGUAUGUUUUUAGCUGUAACAUUUAAUCCUUCCCACCUCCAAUUUAUCCUAGUUGAACCAUGAGAAUGAUAGCGGGCCACAUGUCUCAGGUAUGUUGGGGCAGAGCAAAGGUUAAUAACCAACAUCAGAUGAAUACCUACACUUUUAUCUUAAUCUUCCAACGUGCAGAUUUCAAAACUGUUGUAACAGAAAUAGUAGUAGCUGGGGGGUCUGAAAGACCUCUCUGAUUUUGUUACUUAAGGAACUCAGAAGAAUUCCAGAUGUCUGGGAUUCCAUAAUCAGUGAGAAAAUAGGAUUUACUAUGCAGAUAUUUGGCCACCACACCACUUACGGGAUUCCCUCUAACAUUAACAGAAAAAACUUGUGACCACAUUGCUCUCCUUCACAAAAUAAGCACUUCUGUUUGUUCCAUCACAACGUGGACAUCAUAAAGUUUGGUCUCACCUGUGGCUCCACUAGGGACAUUCGGAUUUUCUGAUGCUGAAGAUUAGAUGAGUCUAACAUGAUUCUCACUUUAACUUUAUCAAAUAUAUGGAACACUGUAUCUUCUAUUUUAAGUGAAGGUAUCUAAACAAAAAACAGUUCACCAUUAACUUUAUUGCUUUCCUACACUUGAGGCUUUGGUCCACAUUUUUCCAUUUUAUCUUUCACAGUAAUGACUUCAUUUAAAAGUUUAAUUUUAAAAACUAUUUCAAUAUCGAUAAACAUCUAGGUGUUCUUUUCAAUGGACUAAAAAGUUAAUAGUAGCCUUCGAUAAAUAUGACCUAUUUAUAUGCGUAAUUCCUCUUUUCAUUAUUAAAGCAGUCCCAAUAAUAUAUCCAUGAAUCUUGAGAUUCCCACCCCAGCAAUUAGGGAAGUUAAUUACUGGUCUAGUAGAGGAGCACAAAGGUACUGCAGGCCAAGUUUAUUGUUUAAAUAUUCUCACAGAGUUAUCCUAUUAGAGAUGUAGGCAGUGUGUCAGUUAAGAGACUCUGGAAAUCAGUUAUAAAGAAAGUUUCUCUCCCUGGGCUAUAAACAGCUAUUUAUCCCUGUACUUUAAUCCAUCUGCCCUACCUGGGGCAACACUUAAUCCAAGUUUUCCCUAGGGAGGGGAACUUUACAUGGUAUAAAUCAAGGACAACACACACAGGUAGAAAAAUACACUGAGGUGAGAAACAGAGUAAAACCAUAAGCUUAAUUGGCAUAAUGAAAUCUGGAUUUUCUGGCAUGUGUUUACAGGUUUAACAUAAAUUGUAUAGAGUAUAAAAAAUAAUUUUACCCUUUAUAGGUACCACUUGUGACCUUUAAAAGAAAAAGUGUGCCCCUCCUCCCCAAAAGGAAAACAAAAAGAUAAUAAACACUGUAC